AUGUCAUGCGGCCACACCAUCCGCUCCCGCCCCAGGGACUGUGGCAAAGGCCGAGAGUGCGAGGGCGAGCGUUGGCAGUCCGCCUUCCUCGAUGACAGCUGCGCCGCCUGCCACCGCCCAACGAGCUACCGCCAGAUCCGUGCGCGGCACGAGGCCGAGCACGCCGUCCUGAUGGGCGACUACAUGCGAGCUGAGGCCGACGGUGACGAGGCCGGUAUGCGGCGCCUCCGGCGUGAUAUGCUGGAGCACACGCGGCUACUGCGCCAGCUCAACUUUGCGGUGAGCUUGAUUCGAGAAGAGCCAUAUGGCAAUGUCAAGUGGCCCGCGAUUAAUGAUGAGGAUACCGGCAGUAGGUGUGAGAGGGAUCUUGGAGGCGCGUCUGAAUCAGAAAAAGUUGGAUAA